UUCUUAACCCCGCCCCUCCCUGCCUGUUGCCCCUGCGCGCAGAAGCCGCCUCGGUCGCCGCCGGUCACGCGCAGCCCUUGAGUGCCGCGAGAGAGGAAGGGCGGGAGGGCGGAAGAAGGGCGCACAAUAUAUAAAGGGUCUCGCGAGGCGCAGGUGGACCAUGUCGGUUUCCCCAGUGAAGAGGCAGAAGAUGGAGUCGGCCUUGGAGCAGCUCAAGCAGCACACCACGGUGGUGGCCGACACAGGGGACUUCCACGGUGAGGGCGGCGAGAGGGAGGAGGGGGCGGCAGCUGAGCCAGCGGGGUCUCUGAGGCUGCUUCAGCAGCUGCCAUGCCUCGGAGGAGCCGGGGGCGCGGCGGUGGCCGUCGGUCCCGCGCAGACGCGCCGGGUCUCGCUCUGCUUCUUUGGGUGCAAGAGUUCAGCCUCGGGUGCUGGGAAACCGGCUAAUGGCGUCGGGCGGGAAGGGGAGACGCAGGUGAAGCAAAUUGGAUUAACGAGGCUUUCUUGGCCAAGCCGGCGGCGCUGCUUCCGUGGGGAGGAGGCAGCACCGCCGGGCCUCUCCCGCUGCUGCUGCUCAAAGGGUCGUGGAAAGGGCAUAGGUUCAGCUGCUGCUGCAUCCCUUUUGGGUUUGCGUCCCGGAGUGAAAUCCAGCAAAGUGGCUCCCUCCCUCCCAUAGUCUGCCGCUUGACUUCGAUCAUUUGUUUAGGAGCAUAUUAGUUGUUCGGUGGUUGCUGCCAUAGCUGCCUAACCCGAGACGGCAGAGUCAAAGUUGGGGGGGGGGAUGGGCGUGUUUGGCUUUAUUUAGGUUCUUGCAAACUUCAUGCACAUCUGAAAUGGACUCGCUCACGGAAGGCUUGCACUUGCGUUUUAGUAGGUGCUGUUGCAGCUUUCAGGUUGUUGGAAGCAGGCAGUCCAUAAACUCAGUUUAGCUCUGAGAGUGGAGGAAGCAGUUGCUGAGCCAAGAUCUUCAUUUAAUUUCUGCUAAACUGAAUUAUGUCGAAGAGCAAUGCAGUAUAAAUAAAAUAUUUUUAAAAGUAGCCAAAGCUAGCAACAUAAUAAAAGAGCCAAUGAUUUCAGUAGGACUACUGUUAAGAACGACUUGCUUGGAUAUACCGUAAUCCUUUCUCCUCUAGUGGCGACACGCUGGGCCACAGUCUAAUAAUUACUUCUCUUUUUUGGCGAUCACUCAUAGCCGAGGUACACUGGGCACCAGCUCCAAGUCUAAAAGUUAAAGCCUGUUGCUUGAAUUGAAUCAAUCGAGUCAGUGAACUGCAGGUUGUACUAGGAUGCUGUGAUGCAGGUUCUUGGCCCAGCACUCACUAUGACUUUCUGCAAAUCCCAACUCAGUUCUUGCCUGUUGUAAUGAAGUAUGCUGUUCAUUAACAGAAAAUAUAGUUUCUGAUAAAAAUUGCUUCAGUAAUGAAAUAAGUUUUUAAAUGAAGUUAAUCUGAAUGCAUCCAUGCUUGAUGUAUUACAGUAUUUUAAUAUUUUUUUGGGAAGCCACCCAGAGUGGCUGGGGAAGCCCGGCCACAUGGGCAGGGUAUAAAUAAUAAUAAUUAUUAUUAUUAUUACUAUUAUCCUAUAACGGAAGGCAGAGUUGUAUGCAUUCCACUACUUUGCUGUAUAGAAAUUAGAACUGUUUGCCAAAUGCAACAUUUCUUGAUUCAGAAUUUAAAUUGCUUAAAUGCAGCCUUGCCCUUUUUUAUAGCAAGUAUGCACAGCCCAAAAUAAAAGCUGAGCUAAACAGACAAGGUGUAUUUUGUAACUAGUCUUAUGAAAGACAUUGAAAUCUUCUGUUACUGAACAGGUUACUGCAUCCUGCUAAUGAUUACUGAGUUGGCAAAUGCAGAAGGGAGAAAAUCCUGAAAAUUAUGAAUAAGAAAUUUUGGGACAGGAGAUUCCCUGUGUUGUGUUGUUGUAAUUUGUUAAAGUUUCAUUAUAACGAAUAAGAAACGUUUCACAAUGUAUUUUCAAAUUUGAAGCAUUAUGGAAAGGGAAGGAAGUGGCUUAAAGUGCAGAAACAAAACUAGACCUGCAUUGCUACUGAAUAUGUAUAGUGUCAGGGAUAUUGAAAUUAGCCUUGUCAAAUAACUCACUUCCAAAAUGGGCAGAAUUGUGUGUAGCCUCUUUCUGGUGAGGGUACCGUAACUUUUUUGUCAAUCACAGAAAACUAAUUUUGUGCUUGAGGGCUGCUGUGUUCAUCCAGUAAAUGUUGCAUAACAUAGCUAAGAAUGUCACAAAGGUUGAUGGACAUAUUGCAUUAUUGUGAUGCCUCUUGUGCAACUUUGGCAAGAAAACUGGCAUGUCCUUAGGGUAAUUUGGAGAAUGAUUAUCAGUACAAAGGCAUUUCAGAUUACAAUGACUAUCCUUCAGUUACACCCAGCUGUAGUUUCACAUGUGAAACACAUCCUUCUAGUAAGUGUGUUGUUGCCUUCAGAUUUUCAAAAUGGUUUCACCAGUUUAAGGAGCAGCUUCAUACAGAGCAUGUUACACUUAUCCAUCCUUGAGCUUACCAGCAUGUGGCUAUAGCUGGUGCAUCAGUCAAAAGUUGGUAAAAGGUUCUUGAUGGUUCUACAAGCACCGCGAGACUAUGCAUCUACUUUUUUUAGGGGAGUGCAACCCCAUCCAGUCUGCCGGUUUCCUGCACCUGGAAGCCACCCAGCCAUGGAAUUUUUGUCUUGUAAGGAUUCAGCUUCUAGUUAUUGGCCCCCAUCUAGCCAGGUAUCAGUUCAGGACUUGUACAUUCUUACCCGACUUGGGAGGGGAAGGGGGUGUCUUCGAAGUUGUGCUUUACAUACUCUAGGAGACCCAUCAAACUUCACAUAGUUCCCUACUUUAUUCAUUAAAAGUAAACACUUGAGCUAGUAUUUAGGAAAUCUAUAGACCAUUUUUCUGUAUACCAUUCCUUUGACAUAGAUGAACAACAAUAAGAGGGUUGGGUAGAAGGUAAACUGUGAUCCAGUAAUGAACCAGUGGCAAAGUUUUAGCUGGGUUUUUUGUACUGUAUAGAUCUUUCUUUUGUAAACAGGUUGUAAGAAUACACUCCUGCUUUAUACAUUCAAAAUAUUGUGGUAGACCACAGGGAUUCAAUUACUAUGUAGUGGCUUCACUGGCUUGGUUUACAUGUCAUGCUGUGUCACAUCAUGGCUCAGGCCAAGUACAUGAGUGUGUUGGAUCCUGGAGAGGAACUUACAGCCACUUCACUCCUCUGGUCCUUUUUGCUGCUGGGUCAAGCUGUCCAAAGUUUGGCUUAGUGCAGUGGCUCAUUUUGUGACUGGUGCUCCCAGCACAUUCUCCAAAUUCACAAUGUGCCCACUAGUCCAAAAAACGUGGGUGACCUCCGACUUAGUGUGAUGUAAAUCAGAUCAUUAACUGCACAAGACUGAAGUUGUUCCAUAUCAAAACUAUAAGACCCUUCUGCUUUAAAAUGGAUUAGCCCUUCAAAAAAUCAAAGUUCAACUGUGCUUUGUUAAUCUUGGGUGUUGUGCUGCAUAACUAUUGUCUGAAGUAAAACUGAAAUGCUACAAAGAGGUAUGAAUAGUGGGUGGAACAUUGUUUACUUUAGCUUGCAAUGAGUAAGCAUUUUUGUUCCUUGAUCUAAGGAGUCGGAACAAGCAUUUAGAUUCUAAAUUCACAUGUCUGAGGGAUUACACACUAUAAAGUGCAUACUAAUAUGCAGUAUAAGCCAGAAUUCUGGAUUUGUGAGUGAUAAAAUAUUACAGAAAAGGGGAAAUGGCAUGCAGUAUUUAGGUAGGGGAAGAGGAGAUGAAGGAAGUAAUAUUUCCUCAUGCUUCAAAAAUAAGGAAGUUCAUACAUUGAAUAGUUUGCAUAACUUAACUUCUUCAUUGUUCCUUAAUUUUGAUUCUCAAGGAUGUUCAUAUCCAAAUGCUUGGGAGAAAAAUAUCUAAGCACUAGCCCAACUGCUUUCUCUAUGUUCUGAACAAAUGGUGAUUAUUAACAAAAUUGUGCUAAAACUAAUAAUUCAAUAGAUGCCACUUGGGAAGAACAGACCUAACCAAGAACUGUAGGUAAUGACACACAUCAGAUAUACUGGCUGCAUCUCUUAUGUAAGUUAACUGGUCCUUGCUAGGGGGAGACAAGAUGGUAGGGAAACAGUAUAAACCUUCAUUUUCUGUCCUUACAUUGGUUCCUAUGUGGCGAAUAUGAAGUUUGUUAUACCUGUGUGUAAAUUGCAUGAGUUCUGUGGGCAGGUAAGGUAAAAAGGAUGGUUAAGUCCAGUCAAAGGCAACUAUGGGGUGCAGGGCUCAUCUCGCUUUCGAGCCAAGAGAGCCAGUGUUUGUCCACAGACAGCUUUCCAGGUCAUGUGGCCAGCAUGACUAAACAGCUACUGGUGCACGGAGGACCGUGACAGAAGCCAGAGUGCACAGAAAUGCCGUUCACCUUCCUGUUACAGUGGUACCUAUUUAUCUCCUUGUACUGGUGUGCUUUUGAACUGCUAGGCUGUCAGGAGCCGGGACAGAGCAACGGGAGCUCAUCCCGUCACAGGUAUUCGAACUGCCAACCUUCCAAUCAGCAAGCCCAAGAGGCACAGUGGUUUAGACCACAGCACCACCUGCUCCCUGUGGGCAGGACCACAAAAGGGAUGGAGCAACAGAACCUUGUCCAUUCCUAUUCCCUCUUUGUCCAUUCUGUGCCCUUGACACACAUCUCACUAUUGUCCUUGAUAUUGUCAUAACCUAUGCUAGCAGGGCUUUCCCUCUGCCUGGUGCAAGUAUCUACACCAAAGUGAAUUAUUUACACCAGCUCAGCUGGGACAUAGGGAGAUGCACAACACCCUAACUUAUCCUAGCUGGUGUAUUUGGGAGUCAGGGUUUUGCCUUUAGACUGGUAUACCAAACUGUCCAGAACAAGGCAUAGAAUUUGAAGUCAUGCUAUGUUUUUCGUAUGGAGAAACAUUCUGGCAUAUGAGGCCCUACCUGCAGUCUAAAAGUGGUACAGCUCAUGUUUGCCAUUUGAGAACAUGGCUUCCAAUUCUUAGUCACUGUGGGGUUCAGUCACGCUUUGUACAGCAAUCUGACUAAUUGAUUCCCAAACUUGGCAUCUGCUUAAUUGUUAUUAACAAGAUUAUGCUUCUGGAAUAGCAAAUUAGUUAAGUUUACUCCACCCUCUCCCAUAUUUAAAAUAAAUUAUUGUCAUGCUAGCCAACCAGGGGUUUUUUUCUGAUUGCUUUUGUCUUCCAUAGCUAUUGAGGAGUACAAGCCUCUGGAUGCCACCACCAACCCUUCUCUGAUACUUGCUGCAGCCCAGAUGCCAUCCUACCAGCAACUGGUGGAAGAUGCUAUUGCAUAUGGGAGGAAACUUGGUGGGUAAGUCCAUUAGUAUUCUGUCAAAGGGAACAUGGUGGGUGGUAAGUGUAUUCAUAUUCAGACUUGGCAGCUAUGACCCCUCAUGAUGGUACCAUUGUGUAUUUUCUUCUGGCCCUCCUGUAUUGUAAUUUAACAGCAUGUCAUCUCCCUCCAAGAAAAGGUUAUGGCUAUCAGAAACCAAGACUAAACCAUAGUGCAAACAAUUAGCCAUUCCCAAUUGAGCUGUGGCCAAUUUUUUUGGGACAUUAUCAUCACAUAAUCAUUCUUUUUCCUGGAUAUUCAUUAUUCUCGCUUGUGAUUAUUUAUUUCCAGGUCAGAAGAUGACCAAGUUAAAAAUGCUUGUGACAAGCUUUUUAUAUUGUUUGGGGCAGAAAUACUGAAGAGGAUACCUGGCCGUGUGUCCACAGAAGUAGAUGCAAGGUGUGUGUCUCCUGAAUUGCCUUCUAGGUCUCUGCCUUAAAAUAAAGGAGCCUGGCUGCUCAUCAGUUCUUCAGCUAAGGCCCUCUUGUGUAAUCAAUCUUGGCAUAAUUCCUUGUUGGGACUAGUGGGAGGAGGGCCUUCUCGGUAAUCAUGCCUAAGCUCUGGAGUUCUUGCUCAUGCCUUCACCACCACUAUGAUCUUCUGCCGUGUGGUGAAGAUCUUGGAGGUGUUUUUUAAAGAAAGGCCUUUGUGAAUAAGAUGCUUGCCAGCCCUGUCCUAAGCUGUUUGUUAUUUAUGUUGGUGAUCUUAUUUAUGCUAUUGCUUUUAUAGAAUAUGUGUUUAAUUUUUUGUUUUGCUUUUAUUAUGCUAGCCACUUUAUUUUUAGGAAAGGGAGGGUGUAAUUUAAUACAUACAUACAUACAUACAUACAUACAUACAUGAAUUAGUAGAAAGGUGCCUGCACACCAUAUUGCCAUGAGUACACACAUUGGAAAGAUGUGCUCCUAACAGGGUUAUAAACAACAAAAUAGACAUUGCCACAUAAGGGAAAGUGCUGACUUGACAAAUUAUUCUGCUCAAUACUUUUGUGUUAAAAGUUCUGUUUAGCUGGACAGAGGAAAUCCCAGAAAAUUCAAAGAGGCACCAUUUUUUCUUUUUCCAAAAUAACCAAACUUUUAACAAGAACCCGGUCACAAGUCCAGUUAUGCGCUAAGGUCUCCACAUAAAUGCAAACCAAUAGAUUUGUAACACUUCAAGCUUAAACACAUUAAUGCCAAAUGAUUUUCUACCUACUGAGCUACUACCCAUGAUUAAUGGAGAAAUACUAUACAGUAAACUAAAAAAACACACAAAAAAAGGAUGAAUGCUUGCACAUUUAAAAAAAAUUCUUUGGUUUAAAGGUUGUCUUUUGACAAGGAAGGCAUGGUGAAGAAGGCCAGACACUUCAUAGAUCUUUAUAAAGAAGCAGGAAUUAGUAAAGAUCGCAUCCUCAUCAAGCUGUCAUCAACAUGGGAGGGCAUUCAGGCUGCCAAGUAAGUUUGUACCUUAUGCGUUAAUGUAGUAUAGAUGCAAUAUAAUCUAAUACUAAGCAGUCACCUCUUAUUUUCAGGUGCCUGCUCUUAUCCAGACUGAAACACCUGUAAUUCAGUUUGUGGUAUGAAACUAGAUUUUCAGAGCUGGAGGUUGUUUUUUUGUGGGGUAAAUACUGACAAAUCAAAAAUUUCUAAAAGUUAGUAAUCUGAAAAUGUAUAUAUGUAGUAAAUUGUUUAUUCCUUUUUUCCAGCAGUAUCCUUAUAGUUGGUGGGGGGAGCAAUUCUGUUCUAAGGCUGUCUCUUUUAACAGGGUUCUUGAAGAGCAGCAUGGGAUCCACUGCAACUUGACCUUGCUGUUUUCCUUUGCUCAGGCUGUUGCCUGUGCAGAAGCAGGAGUCACCCUCAUUUCUCCUUUUGUUGGGCGUAUUCUGGAUUGGCACGUAGCAAAUACAGGCAAGAAGACAUACGAGCCAUCAGAAGACCCAGGUAAUUGAUUGACUGUGACAGACAUAUUAAGAUUUUAACACACUCAAGCCCAAACGCUUAGUUUUUUAAGAGGAAGGUUUUUUUUUAAAGAGUUGAGGUCUGAGAGCUUCUUCAAGGUUAAGUAAUUUUGCAUAGUAUUCUUUUUUAAAAACAACAACAACUCCAUAUUCUUUUAUAGGUGUGAAAAGUGUCACUAAAAUCUACCAUUACUACAAAAAGUUUGGCUAUAAAACUAUUGUGAUGGGAGCUUCAUUUCGAAACACUGGAGAAAUAAAAGCACUGACUGGUUGUGACUUUCUCACCAUUUCACCAAAGCUUCUGGGAGAGCUCAGUAAAGAUAGCAGCAAGCUAACCCCGAUGCUCAGUGUCAAAGAUGGUAGGUUGUCUUCUUUUAUAUAUUGUGUGUGAUAGUCUUGCAAAUUAUUUUACUAAGGAUGAUUAACUAGGGUGACAAUCCAACAGUUGUUCAUUAUAAUGUCCUUCGUGUGUUUUAAGGGUUGACUUCUACAUAACAGGGUAAAUCAAUUAAGGUAUUCCUUAUCACCGUAUAUAUCUUUGAAGCAUUUUAAGGGGCUGUGGCUCCAUGUAGAAUCCGGCAUCAGAGGGAUUGUAAUCUAACAGACCCCAGAGCUGACAUGGAGAAUGUGGGGGGGGGGGGGUUGGUAAUCUUUUAUUCUAAACUUUCUCUUGUUGAACAAGUGUAUUCUCUGGAUAAGAUCAGAUGGGAGUUGGAGUAAAUAUAUCUAAAGGCUCUGGCCUUGUGUAUAACUAUUAAAGAAGCACUGUUGUCAGCUCAUCUUUUUGAUAAUCAAAUAUCCAAAAUAGUUUUUAGAUCAGCAUGUUUGCUCUUGUACUUAGGUUGCUGAACCUACUGUGGAGCUUAAAGCACAGCACAGAUAUUAUUUUCUAUAUUGUACUUCAUCUGAGGAUCACAGGGUAGUUUGCAAUAUAAAAACACAAAAAUACAUACCAUAAACUCUGUACAGCUGGUUGAUUUCUGUAAGAGUUCAGAAUAAACAUUUGCUGUGGGCGCUGUGCAAAGUUGAGCAGCAGCAAUUGCUGUCUUAGCAUUUAGUGAUAGGAUGAUUUUGCGAAAAGGACUCCGCACCCAUUAAGAGCUGUUCUAUCCAAAUAGCCUGCUAGAUUUCUAAGAUUCAAUAGCUUUAUGUAUUCUUCAUUUCAGCUCAGGCAUCUGACCUGGAGAAGAUCCAUCUGGAUGAGAAGACAUUCCGUUGGCUCCAUAAUGAGGACCAAAUGGCUGUGGAGAAGUUAUCUGAUGGAAUCAGAAAGUUUGCUGCUGAUGCAGUUAAAUUGGAGCAGAUGAUAAAGGUAACAUUAUUUAAGAGGGUUUUAUCUUAUAGUCUGCUAUACAUUAGGUCAUAUAAGGAUGUGGCUUAUUUGCAGCUUCUGUUUCAGUUUCAUUUCUAACUGUUCACCAAUGGAGAAGAUUAAGACAUGUUAAUUCCAUAAGACUAACUGGAUAUUUGAGAUUAACAUUAUUGUUUAGAACUGUCAAUAUCCAUAUAGAAUACUGAAUUUAAACAGUGCUUUGCUUUCUCUUGCCUUUAGGAAAUUUUUAAAUAAGCAGAUUAGGUUUUUAUUAUUAUUUUUAUUUUUAAAUAUUUUAUUAAGGAUUUUCUUGUUUUACAGAGGUAGGUGUAAUGCCUCGUAUUUCCCCCCCCCCCCCAUGUAACAUUUUUACAAAUCCGUUUCAUUUGUUGAGGCAUUAGGGGGAGAAGAAAAAAGAAAAAAAAGAAAGGGGGUGGAGGGAGGGAAGAUGGAUGGGGGUUGGGUCGGGUGGCGGUAUUUCUAUUAUGCUUAAUGUAUGUAGAGUUUGGUGUCAGGGUUGCUUGUGUUGUUCACUUGUGUUCCUUUGGUGGUGAGAGAGGUUGGGGUUGGCCUAGGGUGUGAUUGUUUGUUUGUGAUUGGCUGUGGUGAUCUUUGCUUUCGUGUGUGAGUGGGGUGGGUGGGUGUUUUGGAUCAGGUUAGCCAUAUUGAUUUGUAUGCUGUUGGUGGAUUAUUGUCAUUGUCCUGUUGGGCUGUGUAUGUGAUAAAGGGGAGCCAUACCGGGGUGAAGGCAUCUUCUUCUGUUUGUCCCCGUGUCAGUUUCAGUUUAUUAGUUAAUUUUUCUAGUAGGGCUGUUUCCCAUACUAUUUGGUACCAUUGGUCCAUGCUUACUCCUGACAGGUCUCUCCAGUGUCUGGUUAUGGUGUUUCUUUCUGGCUGCUGAAAGUAGGUGGGUUAUGAGUUCUUUGUGGUGUAAAUGGGCAUUGUCUUGGAAGAUGUUUAGUAGGGCCAAUUCUGGGGUCAUGUCUAAUACUUGCUUAGUUAUUUUACAUAUUUCUUGUAUGGCUGUUGUCCAGAAUAGUUGGAUUUUGGGACACUCCCACCACACGUGGAGGUAUGUGCCUGUGGAGGUGCAGCCUCUCCAGCAUUUUGGUGAGGUUCCUGGGUGCAUUAGCGCUAGUUUCCUUGGUGUUAGGUACCACCUGUAGGUGAGUUUCAGUGUGAGUUCUUUUCUUUUCGUUGAUAUGGAUUUAAAGGGGAGUUUAGACCACAUUCUGAUCCAUUGAGUGGGGUUAAUCUCAUAGCCUAUGUCAUUCUCCCAUUGUUUUUUGAUUGUGUCUAGGGGAUUUGCGGGAUUUUGGAGUAGUAUUUUGUAUAUUGUGGAUACCGUCCCUUUAUCGUUUCCCUUUGUUGUUAGGAGGAGGUUUUCGAAGGUUGUCAGGGGCCUAGUUGCUACUGAUUUUACUGUUGGGUUGUUUAGGAGGGCAUGUAGUUGGUGUUGUGUUAACCAGGGCAUUUGGGUGUCUUCUAGUUUGUCUUGUAUUUCUUGUGUUGACAAGGGUUUGUUAUUUUUAUAAAAGUCUAUUAGGCGAUAUAAGCCUUUGGUUUGCCAGGUUUUUAUCUGGAGGUUUUGUGCUGCAUGGUGGAAUAAUGGGUGGUAUGCCAGGGGGAUUAGUGGGGAUGGGGUUGGGGAUAGUUUGCCUAUUUGUGUUUUCCAUGCUUUGAGCAUGGCCUGUGUGUACCUGUUAAGUGUUGUGGAAAUUUUCUUUAGUUUGUUUGAGAGGAGUGGGUAUGUUGUGGUGCAGGUAUUUUCAAUUGCGUCCCUCUCUAGGUGUACCCAUUGUUUUGUCUCAUCUUCUAGUAUAUACAGUGGUGCCUCGCAAGACGAAAUUAAUCCGUUCCGCAAGAGUCUUUGUCUAGCGGUUUUUUCGUCUUGCGAAGCAAGCCCAUUGACGGAUUAGCGCUAUUAGCGCUAUCAGCUGUUUAGCGGCUAUUAAAGGCUUAAAGGCUUAGGGGAUUAGCUGCUAAAAGGCUAUUAAAGGCUAUUAAAGGCUUAGCAGAUUAGAUAAAGGGGGGGAAAAGCGGGAAAAAAAUCUCAGGACUCGCAAGGUAUUUUCGUCUUGCGAAGCAAGCCCAUAGGGGAAUUCGUCCUGCGAAGCAACUUCAAAACGGAAAACCCUUUCGUCUAGCGGUUUUUCCGUCUUGCGAGGCAUUCGUCUUGCGGGGCACCACUGUAUGGGAUUAUAUGGCGUAUUUGGUUGGCAGUGUAAUAUGCUUCUAUGUUGGGGAUUCCCCAUCCUCCUUCUGAGGUGGGGAGGUGCAGGUAUUUGGGGCUUAUUCUUGGUUUUUUAUGUGAGAAGAUGAAAGAGUGUAGUUUUCUCUGCCAACUGCGGAGUUGGGUUGAGGGGAUCCAGAUUGGGAGGUUAGUUUUGGAAGUGUGAUCAUUUUGAUCAUGGCUAUUUUGUCUGAGAGAGUGAAGUUCAUGUUAUUCCAUCUCUUUGGGUCUUUGUUAAUUUGUCGCCACAGGGGUUGUAGUUGUGCAGGUACAAUUUAUUGAGGUUUCUGAUUAUUUGUACCCCUAGGUAUCUGAACUUGGUGUGACAAAGUUUUAUUUUGGUGACCUUCGUGAGUUCUUUUUGGGUGUGAGGAGGGGUGUUGAAGCACAUAGCUUCUGACUUUGUAAAAUUUACCUGUAGGCCCGACACCAUUGCAAAUGUGUUGAGUUCCCUGAUUAGGGAGGUUGCUGUGCUUAUGGAGUCUGGUGUUGUGACCAUUAGGUAUUAGGUUUUUAUUAUAUAAAGCAGUGUAAAAUGUUCAUAAAAUCAGUAUUAAAUUGACAAGAUCUAUUAAACCCUAAUCCAUACUGUUUUUCAAUUAUACAAGUUGAAAACUGACACAUGUGAAACUAUUUUCUGGAUGUUUCAUAUGAUUUGCCUCCUGUUAAAUGCUUGAUUUUUUUCUUCUUUUAGGAACGAAUGUUCAAUGCUGCAAACGGAAAGUAGGCAUGCCAAACUUCUUGGAAGCUGAACGGCUGUACAAGCUGCAUAUGAAUGGAUUUUCUGUAUUCCAGGCUUUUUAUAUGAUUUUGCAAACUUAACAUAUUCUCAGUGUGUUUGGCACUUUUGUAUAUCAAAAUUGAUACUGCUGUGGGGGGAGUUGCAGAUGACUAAAGGACCAAUUGACUGGAAGGGUUUCCCUUCAAAAUGAUGGUGGUAGUGGUAAUAAUAAAAAUACUGUGGUACAACAAUGCUUUCACUUAUUUGUACUAAGUAAUAGGUAUGAUGUUUCAUUCCUACUUCAUAGAAAGGAUGUGGAUAUUGUCUACACUUACCGUAAUGCCGGAAGUGUGUUGAAGAAUUAUCAUCAAAAUAGCUGAAGACUUUAUGGAUGGGGUGCAUAGCACUAAGCAAGAUGUUUGUUUCCUUACAUACAAUUAUGAUUACUAACCUAGCUGUACCAAAUGAACUUGAAUAAGCACCUGACCAAACAAUGAUUAAGGAUCUCCAAUUAUGGUUUGAAUUGAGACUUGCAAACUGCAAUUGCAAUCAUGAUUUGAUGUGUUUGGUCUCUUAGGAAUGCAGCACUUAGGUACGUAGCUGUAGUGUAAACUUCAUGUUUGGAAAUUCAAAUGGUGGCUUGGUAUGGUGCCAGAAUAUUGUAUGACUAGAAAUCUGCCCUAAACCAGCCUAAACAGGUAAAUUAAAAUUGAUUUCACAAAAAACAUGGCCAAGCUGCUACUAGCAACUAAGAAGAGCAUUUGUCUAAUCAUUUUGUGAAACAGCUAUAUUACGUGUUACUUCAAACCAGCCUUUGCCAAUUUGAAGCCUUCUAGAUGUUGCCUAUUACAAUUCUGAUCAGCUACAGCCAAAAGUCCUUACGCUACAAACUUUUAAGAGCGUGAAAUUAUAUUUAUAGAGUCCAACUUCAACAGCUUCUCUAACUUUCUUCUGUGGUCAUAAAAAAUGGACUUGUACAAUCAUGGGUGGUACAAAAAAACUAAAUAAAAUUAUCUUUGAAAGCAUUAAGCAAACCAGCCAGCACACAUACCACAGCCCCAAUACUAAAUGCCUUUCCAUUCAAUUGUUGUUUUUCCACUUUAUAGAAUCUUCAUGGUCUUUGCCUUACAAAAAAAAAGUUGAGUUGACAUUAUCUAGAAUAAUUUUUGUAGCUUCCUGAACUGAAGCUUAUUUUAACUUUCAGCUAAUCUCAAUACAGCAGUCUUUUUAGCACCUGCAAUCAAACUCAAAACUCCUAUGUGAAAGUGUAACAAAUACUUUACUUUGUAUUGUUAUGUUAUCGUUAAUUGCCACAACUGUAAGCUAAUACCAUAUAGUCCUGCACAAGGAUGAGGACUUGGACACAUGGGUAACUAACAAAGUAAUAGCUUCAAAAAUAUCUAAUUCAGGUGUUCAGCUGUUGACAGAGCUGCAAACCAUGGUUUUUCAUGUUACAUGUUUAGCCAGGUUUUUUAGACUCUGUAUUAACACAAGAUGGAACAAUGUUUUUCAAAAAAGCAGGAAAACAGUUCAAUUAAGGUUUUUACCACAUGAUUUACAGUCCUCAUCCUUACAAAUGUGCAGUGUUCUCCUUUCCAUUUCUCAAAGUCGAAGACUUCUUCUGUAUUCAUCCCAUUUACAAAGAGCACCGUCAUUUUCUGCUGAAUGAAAGUAGGACAUAAUAGUUAGAUCACUGUAAACAGCUCACAUCUAAACUACAGCAAUAAUUUGAUAGAAAAAAAACCAAGCAGCUAAGCAUCAGAGAUCUGCUUCAUCUACUUAUCCAUAAUUGACCAGGUUAUUUUAAAAAAUGAAGCUACGUACUGCUACCCCAUUAAGCCUUUAAUAUAUAUUCAUUUUUUCUUUGAAGAAAAAGAUUGAGUUUGGCUAGCUGUAACUAAAUAAUUUUUAUUCUUAAUAUAAAACUAGUCCCCCCCUCUCAGACAUACACACAUUGGCUAGAAUACUCCAGCACUGAAGGGUUAUGUCUGCAGUGGCACAAAAUUUUACUGAAACUUCCCCCACCUUUUCUUACCUGCCAUUGCAAAGAAAAACAAGGUUCUGGACAGCGGCAACUGUAGAAUUUUCAUUCUGUCCAGUGACAAGGUGUCUGUCCAAUACAACAUGCACUGCAUCUGCUUUGCUGGCUGUAUUGGGAGAAAAUAUUCAUGUCUUAAUUUACAUACUACAAACCUCCAUUUCUCUGACACUUAAGAAAAACUAUACACAAGUCUUUACUGCUGUUUAUCGAUUUAAUUUCAUCUUCCUAAUAAGUUGAUUUGUUGUUUUUUUUCAAUCUCUUGCAAACCCUUUUUAUUGUCCUUUGUGACUUGUAAAACCCAAGCAAUUAUAGGGAUAUCUAUAACAUUGGCCAGGCUCAGAUUAUGAUUUUGAUUAUUGCAUGUGAGCCACAGUGACUCUUGUGCUUGUCUUCCCCUCUCCUUAGUGUUUGAAACAAAUAGAAUGAAAUUUUCCUAUUAAUCUUUUAAAAUAUUGCACAAUUGUGUGCAAGAGCAUGCUGAGGGUAUAUAAGAACACAGUGGAUCUUAACUUCUGCCUGCAACAACAUUAAGAACCACUAGAGGGCUCUCCAGCAGGGUAUUCAGAUUCCACUCAUGAACAAGCUUGACUUCAUUUCUGAGAUGGUCAGUGGCAAAGACUGAAAGGAGUUCCUGUGAGUUCAAUUAUGACAGGCAUCCCAAAAUUCAGCUGUUUUGGGACUACAACUCCCAUCAUCCCUAGCUAACAGGACCAGUGGUCAGGGAUGAUGGGAAUUGUAGUCUCAAACCAGCCGAGUUUGGGGGUGCCUGAAUUAUGAAAUAGUUCUGUUCAGCUCAUCUCCAAGGUUGGGAGAUUUACUGUGGAAUGCUGGGCUGUUAUAGCUUCCAUGUUGCUGAAUGUUUUGAUGAGAAAUUUUGACAAGCACUUUCUAACUUCCACUUUUAAGGUCUUACAUCUGCAUUAGAUUUUGCAUUAAUACAGUACAACCCAAGCAUUUCUUGAUCAUAUUUACUUAAUCAACUACUGAUUAAAAACCUGUGGGAACAGAGCCUUAAAUGACAUACCGCUAUAGAUAGCUCCAGAAUCUUUUGCAAAGUCCUCAAAGAUAAUAGGCAAACUGGCAAAACUAGGCAGUCUUAUUAGUUCAUACACACAAGGCUGGAAGAUACAAGAAAAUAAAUGUCACAAAACACGAAGAAGAUUCUGUUUUCGGUGGGCUACCCAACACCUUGACUAGAUUCUUGCAAAGAAUACAGGACUAGGUUGACCUUGGUCUGAUCCAACCAAGUAGUUCCUAACCAAGGAAUCAAACCACACAAAAUACAUUAGUGGGUCACAGGACUUAAUUUUAAAGGGAGGGGAGAAGGAACAAGGCUGAAGUGAGCCUAUCGCUGCAUUAGUUCAUAACACUCUUUGUAUACUUGAGCCUAAAAUAAAGUUAUUUAAGUAAACAUGCACCUUUCUAUCCCACUGCUAGCAUAUCAACAGAAAAUUUAAGUACAUGGUUUCCCUCACAGUUAGUAGUUAAAACUACAUAAUGCAUAUGGCUAUGUUUGUAUUGAUUAUACUGUGAUCUUCUUGAGAUUAUUUUUCUAAAUUGCUUUGAGGAGUCUUUUGGCUAUAUAUUUUUUUUAAAAAGUAAAUAAAUACAACUUUAUCAGUC